AUGACUUCCAACUCUAUACAAAGAUGCUGCGUCACUGGCGUAAAGCAUGAAGGAACGCCCAAAGGCGAGGUCAAGAGAAUCGAUGGUGUUCGCACAUACUUCACCUACCCCGAAAACGGCGCCACUCAAAACGCCAUCCUCAUCAUGCCCGACGUGCUCGGCAUAGACUUCCUGAACGUCCAACUCAUCGCCGACCAAUUCGCCGCCAACGGCUACCUCACCGUGAUACCCGACUACUUCAACGGCAACGUGAUGCCCUUCAACCCGCCCAAGGAGUUCGAUUUCUGGGCCUGGGUCAAGAACAACAUGCCGCAUCCCGAGACGGUCGACCCGGUCAUCGAGAACACCAUCAAGCACCUGCGCGGCGACCUCGGCGUCAAGAGACUCGGCGGUGUGGGGUACUGCUUCGGCGGCAAGUAUGUGUUCAGAUGGUUGAAGGAGGGUGGUCUUGACGCGGGGUACGCGGCACAUCCGACCUUUGUAACAGCCGAUGAAGUCAAGGGGAUCAAGGGGCCGUUGAGUAUUUCGGCGGCGGAAAUCGAUCAACUCUUCACCGCUGAGAAACGCCGCGAGGCUGAAGACAUUCUUAGAGAUCUGCCUGUGCCGUAUCAGAUGUUCCUGUACUCCGAUGUCUCGCAUGGUUUUGCGACGAAGGGCGAUUUGUCACAUGCUAAGGCGAGGUUUGCGAAGGAGCAGGCGUUUCUGCAGGCUGUGUUCUGGCUUGACGAGUAUGUCAAGAAGGGGUAG